GAACUUCUUACCCCCGACUUUGACGACUCCCUCGCGACGACCACCUCGAUACGCCACGCUAAAGCUACUCUGUCCGCCGGAACCUCGAUUGAGUUUUAGCGUGCAUUGCUGCAAGUCAUUAGUAUAAAGAACCCCGCACACGACAAGUUCACGGACUCUCUCAUCGCUUCUUCUCUUCUUCCUGCGACCUUCAUCCCCUACACCGUUCAGCGACCUGAAAGCUACCUGCAAUGUUCGCCAAAGUCUACUCUACGCUCUUCGUCCUCGCGUUCGCCGUGCUCGCCGUCUCGGCUCUGCCGGAACCCAUGCCAACUCCUGCGCCUGUUGAGGAGAAGCGACAAAUUGGUAGUGUCAUCGACUCAUUGACGUCCGAUGCUGGGUCUGUCCUCACCGACAUCACCGCGGGUGCUGGAUCCAUUUUCACUGAUGUCACCUCCAUCGGUGGCUCCGUCUUCACCGUCGUGACCUCCGCAGGCGGUUCCGCCUUCACCCUCGCAACCUCCGGCGCAGGCGACGUAACCUCCUUCGCAGGAUCCGUCUACACCGUCGCCACCUCCGACGCCGCCAGCGCAUUCUCCGUCGCUACGAGCGGAGCUGCGAGUCUCGCCAGCGCGGCGAGCAGUGGGGCGUCCAGUGUGGCUAGUGCUGCGAGUAGUGGUGCUUCUGCGGCCUCGAGCUCGAGCGCUGCAGGUGUUGCAUUCCACCCGUCCGCCGGCCUCUUGACCUCCCUCGCGGCCGUCACGAUUGGUCUGUUCUUCGGCGCCUCCAUCGUGCUGUAAACGCAUACCUCACAGAACUGCCACCACCACCUCUGCAACCGCCUACGCGAAGACGGAACGGAUAGAUGGAGGGAUCGAUGGAAGAAUCCCUAUAAGCGACCCACCAUUAUUUAUCGCACGGCCGAGUCUGACGGUCGACCACCAUUCGCUUUAUGCUUCACCACUUCGUCUUCGAUAUUCUUGACCUCAUGUUUUUUGCUCUUGGCAUAUCUUAAAUACCUGCUCAUCUAUAUUCUCCGGUGUUGGUUCUUACAGUACUUGUCCGUGUUUGAUCGUUUGAUGUUGGAUCAUGCGACACGAUAUCCGUGGACUUUUUUUUGUCUUAUUUUUGGCCGGAUACGUGGUUGUUUCUUCGCAUGUUUUGCUGGUUUUUGAGGUGCGGUGUCGAGUUGGACGCAUGCAAUGCAAUGUAUCUUCGAUGUUCUGUUUUAUUUGAUAACUCUAUUCAGCGAAAG